GCACUCCCGGACGCUGUUUUGGAGGAGAGACUUCUCUUACGGUAAUCGGCUCCCUUGCGGAAUGCCUACGUACUCCAUGUAAACCCGUGCCUCACUUCCCUUCAUUGAGAUACGCGGGACUUCGCUCCGUCCCCAGCCCGGAACCACUAGUGGGAGCACUUCGUAUCUUGAUUGACCUCUUUGGCGAUUACUUCCGCCCAGGGGCCUGGAAUACUCGAGGCCCUUGGACGGCGAACUGCGGGAAAGGCACUUCCGGUGUCUGUUGCCUAGGCGCGGGCCCGGUGGGCCGUAGGGGCGACGUGGUUGCCGUCGUCCUGCUCCCCCGUCCCGGGGGUCGAGAUGUCGCGACUCAGCUCUCCAGAGAUGGAGGGCUGCCGUAAACUCCUUGGCCUGCUGGACAACGACGAGAUCAUGGCCCUGUGCGACACCGUCACCAACCGCCUGGUGCAGCCUGAGAACCGCCAAGAUGCUGUUCAUGCAAUAUUAGUAUACAGUCAAAGUGCAGAAGAACUUCUGAGGCGUAGAAAAGUCCACCGAGACAUCAUAUUUAAGUACUUGGCAACACAGGGGAUUAUUAUACCUCCAGCUACUGAAAAACACAAUCUUAUUCAGCAUGCAAAAGAUUACUGGCAAAAGCAGUCACAACUGAAAUUGAAGGAAAUACCAGAGCCAGUUACAAAGACAGAGAACAUGCAAUUCUUUCGACAGCAGGUGAAAGAAGAUAAAAAAGCUGAAAACGUUGAUUUUCGUUGCCUAGGAGAAGAAUUCUGUCAUUGGUUCUUUGGACUUCUUAAUUCUCAAAAUCCUUUUCUGGGACCACCUCAAGAUGAAUGGGGACCACAGCACUUCUGGCAUGAUGUAAAGCUUAGGUUUUAUUACAACACAUCAGAACAAAAUGUGAUGGACUACCAUGGAGCAGAAAUUGUGAGCCUUCGUUUGCUGUCACUAGUAAAAGAAGAAUUUCUUUUUCUCAGCCCCAACCUAGAUUCACGUGGACUGAAAUGUGCAUCUUCUCCUCAUGGGCUGGUUAUGGUUGGAGUUGCUGGGACUGUCCAUCGAGGGAACACUUGUUUGGGCAUUUUUGAACAAAUUUUUGGACUCAUCCGCUGCCCUUUUGUGGAGAAUACUUGGAAAAUCAAAUUUAUCAACUUGAGAAUUGUGGGAGAGAGUUCCCUUGUUCCUGGAACAUUACCAAAACCAGCUGUUACCUUUGAACAAAGUGAUCUAGAGGCCUUUUAUAAUGUAAUCACUUUAUGUGGUACCAACGACGUACGACAUAAUGUAAAGCAGGCAUUAGAUAGUGGAACUGGGGACCAAGCUUGAUGUACUGGAAAUGAGGCACUGCUGAACAAAAGAGAACGGGUAUAUCUGACCCUCUAUAGCAUGAAGUACUGUCAGCCUAAAAGAAAUCUUCUAUACAGAAACUCUUCCAAAUACUACAUCAGUAAUGUCAAAAUGAUUUCAGAUGUGAGAAUUGACAUAUUUUAGUUGAAAUACCUUUCUGGACUACAGACUUACAUGUUAUGUGAAUACAUACCUAUUUCUGCCCCAGUUGCAACAAAUGUUCUGAAAGCUUAAUGCAAAUAAAUCCCGCUUUAGAUGUUAUAGCUAACUGUGUGCCUUAGAAACCAGGUAAUAAUUUCCUUUUACUUAGUGAAUAUUCUGUUAAUAUCUGCACUUUUAAUGUGGGAAAGGAUUAAUAAUGUUCUAGGCUUCUCCUUUUUAAGUUUCUUACUGACUUUUGUCUAACUCUGGGUAACAAUUUUACAAAUGCAUCUCACCAUAGUAUGUUUUAAAAACUAUUAAAUAUUUUAGAGAUGUUUAA